CAGCCGGCGAAGAUGAAGACCAUCCUGUCCUCGCAGACGAUGGAUAUCCCUGAGGGUGUCACUGUGAAGGUGAACGCUAAGAUUGUGGAGGUGGAGGGCCCGCGUGGCAAGCUCACCCGCGACUUCAAGCAUCUCAAUCUUGACUUCGAGCUCAUUGAGGGCGGGAAGAAGCUGAAGGUGGACGCUUGGUUCGGAUCUCAGAAGACUACGCCCGCCAUCCGCACCUCCUUAAUCCACAUCGAUAACCUGAUCACGGGGGUCACAAAGGGGUAUCGCUACAAAAUGCGGUUGGUCUAUGCCCACUUUCCCAUCAACGCCUCCAUCACUCCCAACAAUAGCUGCAUUGAGAUUAGGAACUUCCUUGGGGAGAAAAAGGUCCGCCAAUAUGAUGCAUUAAAAUUUGUUGAAAUCCUUGUUACCAAGAGGUUGUUGAAGAGCAUCAUGAUUUCUCUCUGUUUCUUGAAAGGUUGGAAAAACUCAUUCACCAUCUUGUUUCAGGAUCUUAAGCCUCACAAUCUUUUAAUGGACCGCAAGACUAUGAUGCUAAAAGUUGCAGAUCUUGGACUCAGUCGUGCUUUCACCAUUCCCCUCAAGAAAUACACGCACGAGGCCACAUAUCUUUUAGCUUGUAUUGGAAAGCACAGCAUUUGA